AUGGACUCAUCGGGGGCCCCAGAGGGCCCACGCCUCCCCAAAGGUGAUGACCCUACAGGAAAUGCAAGAGAGACAUCCAGACAGCUUUCAAGAGAACAGCUCUUUGUACUGAUAUCAGCUGCUUCCAUUAACUUGGGUUCUAUGAUGUGCUAUUCUAUCCUUGGACCCUUUUUCCCCAAGGAGGCCGAAAAGAAAGGAGUCAGCAAUACAGUUACGGGUAUGAUCUUUGGAUGUUACGCUUUAUUUGACUUGCUGGCAUCUUUGGUGUUUGGAAAAUAUCUUGUACAAAUUGGAGCAAAAUUUAUGUUUGUAGCAGGAAUGUUUGUCUCAGGAGGAGUUACAAUUCUCUUUGGUGUAUUGGAUCAAGUUCCAGAUGGACCGAUAUUUAUUGCUAUGUGUUUUCUAGUGAGAGUGGCAGACGCGGUCAGCUUUGCGGCAGCAAUAACUGCGUCUUUUUCCAUUCUCGUAAAGGCUUUUCCAAAUAAUGUGGCUACGGUGUUGGGAAGUCUUGAGAUUUUUUCUGGACUGGGACUAGUUUUAGGACCUCCUUUAGGUGGCUUCUUGUAUCAGUCCUUUGGCUAUGAGAUGCCUUUUAUUUUGCUGGGAUGCAUAGUUCUGCUGAUGGUACCACUCAACAUGUACAUUUUACCUGAUUAUGAUUCUGAUCCAGGCAAACACUCAUUCUGGAAACUGAUCACUCUACCCAAGGUCGCGCUCAUAGCCUUCGUCAUCAACUCCCUCAGCUCCUGUUUUGGCUUCCUUGAUCCUACUCUGUCUCUCUUUGUUCUGGAGAAGUUUAAUUUACCAGCCGGUUAUGUGGGACUGGUAUUCCUGGGCUUGGCCCUAUCCUACUCCAUUUCUUCACCAUUGUUUGGUCUGCUGAGUGAUAAAAUACCACAUCUAAGGAAAUGGUUUCUGGUCUGGGGAAACAUCAUCACGGCAGUAUGCUACAUGCUCUUAGGACCCAUCCCAAUCUUGCACAUUAAAAGUCAGCUCUGGCUGCUGGUGCUCAUCCUAGUCCUGAACGGUGUCUCUGCUGGAAUGAGCAUAAUUCCAACCAUCCCGGAGAUCCUCAGUUGUGCCUACGAAAAUGGCUUUGAGGAGGGAUUAAGUACCGUGGGACUAGUGUCGGGUCUCUCCAGCGCAAUGUGGUCAGUUGGUGCUUUUAUAGGACCAACACUGGGUGGAUUUCUGUAUGAGAAAAUUGGUUUUGAAUGGGCAGCUGCUGUCCAAGGUCUUUGGGCUCUGACAAGUGGAAUAACGAUGGGCUUGUUUUAUCUGUGGGAGCACUCACAGAGAAGAAGAUCUAAACUCCAAAAUAUUCUGGGCACGGAGGAGGAACGGACUUCCCUCUUACCUAAUGAAAUCUAGCCUUAAGAUCCUGGAUCAAUACCCACUGGGAGAUGGGUGCUCCUGGCCUUGAACAUCAGAGUUAAAGGGGUUUUCUUAAUAUUACACACAAACCUCCACGGACUGUAUACCAGCAUCCUGACGGUCUCAAUGUAUUUUUGGAUAAUCCUGUGUUGGGCUGUCCUAAAAAGCUGGCCUGCUAGACCAGCCACAUUUGCAACAUUAAGUAUGAGAAGAGCAGUUGAAAAUCAGCAAAAGUUUGUGUUUUGAGGUGAUCCAACCCGGCCUUGAAGGGAUUAUUGACUCUAAGUCUUCUGUUUCCUUUGUUUACUUUUUAAGUGCACUAAUUCUGUGAAUCUACCUUUUGUUUAUUAACAGGGAAAUAAAUGAAUUCAUUUGAUAUGCUUAAAAGUAAUAUAAAGAUUACUCAAAAUGUGUAGAAUAACUGUGAAAUCAGUUUUUAAAAGGCAUGCUGUCUCUCUGUCCUAAGAUUUUUGUUCUCAUUCAAAAGGCCUAAUUCUUGCCUCCCAUCAUGCAAAAACUCUCAGCUCUUGUAGUUUUGUUUGUGUAAGAGGCAUAACAUUAGACUUCCAUUUUUGUAACGUACUUUGAAUUAGGAUCUGGAUUUAUAAACAGUGCUUAGUUUAAUAUUAUCCAUUUCCCUAAUCUCCCUAUUUCAGUUCUACCACCUGUUUUGAUUUUGUUUU